AUGGAUGCUGUGGUGAGGCAGGCUCGUUCACACGCCCAGCCCUCAGCACAGGAGUCGGCAACGAUUGCACCACAUAGGACCAGCCCGCAGCAAACGGCAAAGAAACCGCCAGGCGAUGCCGCACGACCAACCAUGAGGAGUCCGUCACAGGUCCCUCAGCAGAGACCACAGCCCUCUGACACGGGCAGGUCUCAGUUCGGCAAGUCGUUCCAGGCGCUUUUCGAACAGUCGAUCCAGAAGCCUGGAAGCUACAACUACCCACUGCCCAGGCAGGGCUCAGAGGCCCCUGCUACCGGCCAGCAGAAGCUGCCCACCACUACCUCUCCGUACUCCCCCUUCCAGACACAGGCGCAGACCUCACAGCCAAAAGCCAAACCUCAUCAGUCCUACACCAAACCAACGUUCCAGACCUCUCCUCAGGCACCUCUGUACUCCAGCAAAGGACAGCAACAGACAUCUCCUCAGGCACCAUUGUUCUCUAGCAAGAGCCAGCCCCAAACCAGUCCUCAGGCAUCCCUGUUCUCGAGCAAAAGCCAGCCCCAGACAUCUCAGGCACCCAUGUUUUCCAGCAAAAGCCAGCCUCAGACCUCUCCUCAGGCACCCAUGUACUCCAGCAAAGGGCAGCCCCCGACUUCUCAGGCACCCCUGUACGCCAGCAAAGGGCAGCCAUACCCCUCUCAGGGCCAGACUUCACCAUUUGAGCGGACAGCAACGCAGGGAAGCCCAAAGUCGGGCAUGGGCCUAACCCACGCCAGCCAGUCCAGGCUAACCCACGAAAACCAGUCCAGGUUAACCCACGACAACCAGUCUAGCCUGACCCAUGGUAACCAGUCUAGAUUGACCCACGACAACCAAUCCAGUCUAAUCCAUGGCAGCCAGUCCAGGCUAACCCACGACAACCAAUCUGGUCUAUCCCAUGGGAGCCAACCCAGCCUGACCCAUGGAAACCAGUCAAGCCUGACCCAUGGAAACCAGUCAAGCCUGACACACGGGAGCCAAUCUGGUUUAUCCCAUGGGAGCCAACCCAGCCUGACCCAUAGCAACCAGUCAAGCCUGACCCAUGGGAGCCAAUCUAGUCUGACCCACAGCAGCAAGUCUGGUCUAACUCAUGGCAACCAGUCCAAUCUAGCCCAUAGCAACCAACCUAGCCUGACCCACGGUAACCAGUCAAGUCUAACACACGGGAGCCAAUCUAGCCUGACCCAUGGUAGCCAAUCUAGCCUGACCCAUAGCAGCAAGUCUGGUCUAACCCACAGUAACCAGUCGAGUUUGACCCACGGGAGCCAGUCCAACCUAACCCAUGGUAACCAAUCAGGCCUGACCCAUGGUAACCAGUCAAGUCUAACCCACGCGAGCCAGGCCCGUCAGAGCGGGCUGUCUCACAGCUCGCCCAACCUGAGUCCCCACGGGUCGGGGUACACCCAGGGGUCGCCUCUGUCCCACGGCAAACCCACGGGGUACAGCAGCAGCAGCCCCAAGUUCACGUCUUCAAGCCUGGCAUCCAUGGGCGGACUCCCCGCUGACCUCAGCAGUUUCCAGCUCCCCGGGCUGACCUCCUUACCUCAGACCCAGCGUGGGGCAGGACGGCCCAGCCUGCCCGGGGCGCAGCUCACCCACCCGACCACCCAGGCGCUGCCCGUGUACCAGAUGGGUCUGGGGGACCCGCGGAGGGACCAGGGCGGGUCACCGGCGGGGUCACAGCAGGGCAGGGUCAUAUCGGACGCCAUCAUCACGGGACCGGCACCCGGCACAUACAACCAUGUACAGGCCUACGGACCAGCAGGCGGCUCUUUGCCUCCGUUUGGCACCCUCCGUAGCAGCCCCACCCGGCAACAGUAUCCAGGCAACCAGUUCUCACAGGCGUUCUCCGUCCCAGAAAGUCUUGGUAGUGGGAGGCUUCACGAUAUCAUGGCAUGCCUCAGUCGGCCCGGCUCAGCCUCAGGCGGCAGUCAGCCCAAAGAAGCCAAGAACUCAAGUCACAGCAGCAACAACUCCACAUCCCCACACAGACAGAUCCAGUAGUACCACAUCGUAGCAGCACACCAAAGUACAGGGGCACAACAAAAAGACAACACACUCAACUAGGAAGCAAGUUGAUUUCCCACAAGAAACUGGACUUACCCAAAUUUUCAACUGUACAACUCCAGUCUUUGUCAAGGAACGAACAAUCUGCUUCUAUGAUGUCACGUUAUGCUGAGAUGACACACGUGACUCCGUGAGCAGUGGAUCAUAGGUUGCAGAAAGUCUGUGGCGCCCCCCGUCACUGU